UUUUUUUUUAAUAACGAGUCUUUAAUGGGUUUUCUGCUACAUAGUUCAGUAACAGACAUAAUUUAUGUUAUAUUAAGCCAUACACAUCUUAAUACCCGGGGUUCCCUUUUAGACUUCUCAAUUAAGUUUGACAUAUGAGAGUUCACCAGGGUAUGUUGCAUUGUCUCCUCCCUCGUUUGUCUGCCCUUCUCCCUCUUGCAUUUUUAAAUGCAAAAACACAUGCUGUGUAAAUGGAAACCAAGCCACAUCCCACUCAUAACCGUGCUCUCUAACUAUCAUAUCUGUGUUUACCUGCGUCACUCGGACCGCAGCCUCCUGUUAUAUAACCGAGCUGUGCUAAAUCAGCAGAACUGUUGCUAUGCAUUUAACGACAUGAAUGGCACGGGAAUAAAUGAUUUUAGGGUAGCUAUAGCUUUAAUAUAGCUGCAGCCUAAAACAGCCCUUCAUAGACUAUAUGAAUUAUCAUGAGAAUAUGGCUUUCAAAAUGCUUCCUUUGAAAUGCAGCAAACAAUGUACAACUGCAGACAGUAGAGGUCAUAAGUAAUUCAAAUCUUUAUUUAUUUUACUAAACAUGUACUGUCUUGCAUGUUUAUCAGUGACCUACAUCAACCUUCGAUGCAUCACCUGCUUCAACAUGUCUUUACAACUUCCCACACGGUGUGGUUAAAAUAACCAGACCACUUCAUCGCUUGUUAAGUGCAGCUGCCCAAACACAGCAUGAAGAUGUUGAUCAAGAGAGGUUUGGGUGGAGACAGCAAAUGAGGUCUACAGGACGUUUAGUGUAACCAUUUGUUUUAGAGCAUUACUACACUGUACAUCUGUUAUACUGGUGCAAUGCAAUAAAAAUCACUACAUUUUUGCCUGACGAAAAUCAAGUGUGUUAACUUGCAUUAAUGCGUUUUACAAAAACACUGUUUGCGCAAUACUUCAGCAGUUAAAAAAAUAAGUCAAGAAUUCAGUGGAAAUAAUGACCAUUUCCUUUCAAACACCUCUCUAUCUAAAUACAUCGGUGUCCUUCCUUAUAUAUAUUUCUGCUUGGUGUCAGCAGGAUGUCAAAUUUAAGGAAGACAUUUUUUUAGAUUUUCAGAACAACAUCUAAAAUAGAUAAACACAGUCUAAUCCCAGCUAACAGAAAACAUUCUUAGAACUUUGGCUUCUUACUGAAGAUAAGCAAACAUUCUUUCAAUGAUAUGUUCAUUUAAAGUUAUCUGCUUUUAAAUAACUUUCUCAGUUUGCUACUGUACUAAUCCAAGUGUGUUUGUUCUCAGCGCCUGUUAAAUCUGCUGUUAAAUCUUCGUCCCUCUCAUCCUCUAUGUGUGUUUAGCCGAACUAAAGAUUUUAUAACAUAACGCAUGUGCAUGUUACUUUACUUCCUGAGCAAGUGCAGAUUGAAGUUACUGAGUUGACCACCUCCUACAAGUUGUCUCUAGUUUGGUACCGCGGUACACCCCCGGGUGUGCAUGACGGCUUUUACAUGACCAAUUUUUAAUGCAAACCACAUUCUGUUUUGAACUAAACUGCCAUUGUGAAAGCCCGUUUAGUUGAGCCUCACCAAAAUGUGGUAGUUACGACUUAACAACUUAAAUAAGCUACCAUUAAACACAGGCUUUGUUUGAUUGUGCAGGCAAAAAGAAAAAAGGCCAAUAAAGACUAUGCUAAACCACAACCAGAAGAUUGUCUUUAUAAGAACCAAGUACCACGGCUUACAUAACCUUUGCUUUAAUGCACGACAGGCCCUGCAGUUGUUACAAAGGUAACAAGUAGGCUAAAGUGUGUUAAAAUGUGGUUUUGCCAAUGUACAGUGUGGGAUGAUUGUAAAGCAAAUUUUCUGUAGUGUUUAUAAUUGAGAAUCCAUAAUAAAAAUUGUAAGCAGGCACUUACAAUUAGUAUUUGUCAGAUUAACUGUGUUUAAGAAUUAUGUAGGAGCAUUUAGACUAAUGAUAUUGAGGUAUGGUAUUGGUAUUUGGUUUGCAUGGUAUUUUAAUUACCAUGCUUUUUCAUCUAAAUAGAUAAAAUGUUAAACCAAACUGUCACUAUCUUACACUAUCUUUAGGCCCUGGGGAACUCUUAUAUGUCAAAUCAAACUUUCUUUAUCUCACACUAUCUCUAGGCCCUGCUAAAUCUUCUAUCCUGAGUAUAUUCAAGUUGUUUACACAGGUUACACAUGGUGCGUCGUAGGCCAGAAACUAAAUUUCCCGGUCUUGCCCACCUAGUCUUUGUGGUUGACAAGUACAUAUAGAGACGUGAUGUAAAUCUUUUACAUCCUUUUCAUGGACCCCCAGCUAACAUGCAACUGUAGGCUCAAAAAUAAUAAAUAAUUUAAGCUGGUCCUGAGCUGGUUUAAGCUUAGCCCAUGCAUCUGACCAUCUUAAACCAGCUCAUGGCCAACAAAGAACUAGCUUAAACCAGCUACCAUGCUUCAGAACAUACCUAACCAGCAUAUGCUGUUUUUUUCAACACGUUGAAAAUGGAUUAAACAGUCCUGUGUUUGGUUCUUAUUUGUUUUCUUUUAACUUUUGUUUAGUACAAAAUCAGUCCAUCAUUGUUAGAAUGUUUCUAGUCACUUCCUCUUUGUAAAAUGUGUAAUGAAUGCAAAAAGGAAUGUGACGGGAUCCAGAUGAUGUAUUACUGUCAAAUGUUGAUUACCAAUGCUUUACUUAAAGAGGAAAUCACCGCCUCAACCUAGUUUCACACCAUGAGACACUUCAGCAUAACACGGUGUGGCAGAACCCAUAGAUAGCGCUUUCCCUGGAAAGAGAGAUGUGUUUCUCUCUGAUCUGUUGUGGGUGGAUGCUGUUGUCUUUGGUUUUUGCUUUUGACGAUGUGGCAGCGAAUCGUGCUACAGCUUUCUUUGUCGAUCAUGGACAGUCUGCCAAAAUCAGAUGUAACUACAACCAAACAAAUGACAUGGAAAUCAUCACAGUGGUUCUGCAAACAUUAAAUCAUACACUGUGUUACGUACGUUUGAGUUCAAGGAAAACAAACCAACAAAAUUGCAAAGACCACAUAAAAUUUAUAUGGAUUCCAAAGACUGAGGAAAUAUCAUUUGAUCUAUUAAAUCUCCAAAUUAAGGAUACCGGUACAUACACCUGUACUGUGAGGAGGAUUGCAAAACCACCUCAAAUGGAUCUGGGAGUAGAAAGAGUUCAAGUUAUUGUGCGUCCCAUCUUAUCGCUGUCCUGUGUGAAGCGGCCUGAUGGAUCUCCCAUGAUUCUGUGCUCUGUGGAUUUUUACCCUGAUUCUCUUGAACAGUUGUGGAUUACAGAUGGAGACGUCCUCAACAGCUCAUACUCAAACAAAUCAUUCGAUGGAUCCUUCAAACAGCAAUCAUACCUUAUACUGCCACCACAAACCUUGAAUGAUACUAUCUACUCCUGCUGGGUAAACCACUCGUCCUUAAACAAACCACUCGUGGCCAAUUUAUCAAGCUUUGUCUGUUAUGAAAAUGGGGGCAUAGCUGUGACUGUAACGGUAGUGUUUGUCAUGUUGACAGUGGUGUUGACUAUUUUUUUGAUCACUCCAGUCAUCUGUAGACAUUACAGAAGAGGACGUCAGCAGUCUGUAUCUCCUGUAGGAGUGUGUGUCACACCUGAGCCUGUCCUUCAUGAACACCUGCUGACUGAGAUACUGUAUUCAACACUGGGUGACCAUCAUCCAGUCCCAUGCAGCCCUGCCCACGCUCAUUUGCACAAUAAACACUGAAUGAGCACAAUGUCAGAUUUGUGUGUAUCUCAUUCACUACGCAGUAAUAACAGCAGUUAGUUAUGGGGCUUGUUGCAUAAACUGCUUAGAAUAGUUUUAAAAAGUCAGUUACAAAAAGGUUGACUCAAUUUGAAUUUAAAAAAGUAACAUUGAUUACAUCUUGGCUAACAGCUAUUGCUCAAGCUAGUUCUUAAAGGGAUAGUUCACCCAAAAAUGCAAAUUCUGUCAUUAAUGCAUGCAUUGUGGUGCUCUCAUGGACGUGUCGAAGAAUGACACAGAAGAGAAGAAAUUGUUGAAGAAAGUUGUUAUUUUUGUAUUCUUUGCACACAAAACGUAUUCUUGUAGCUUCAUAAAAUUACAGUUCAACCACUGAUGUCACAUGGACAUUUUAGCAAUGUCCUUACUACCUUUCUGGGCCUUGAACGUGGUAGUUGCAUUGCUGUCUAUGCAAGGUUAGAAAGCUCUCGGACGUCAUCAAAAAUAUCCUAAUUUGUGUUCUGAAGAUAAACAAAGAUCUUGUUUUGAACGACAUGAGGAUGAGUAAUUAAUGACAGAACUUGCAUUUUUGGGUGAACUAUCCCUUUAAGACACAGGCUGCAUACUUCCCCACAAUAUAGUAGGCAAAACAGAAUGUGACAAAAGAACCAAGUCCAAACCCUAAAAGAGUUGGCAAAAAGUCCCCAUUUUUGCUGGUUGGCUGAUUUUAGCUGGUCAUCCGGGCUGGUCUUAGCCCAGGGGUGUCAAACUCAGUUCCUGGAGGGCCAACCUUGCUUCAACACACAUACUAUGCAGUUUUCAAUUAACCCUGAAGGACUUGAUUAGUUGGAUCAGGUGUGUUUAAUUAGGGUUGCAUCUAAACUCUGCAGGGCUGCGGCCCUCCAGGACCGGAGGUUGACACCCCUGUCUUAGCCGGUCAUAGCUGAUCAGGAGGCUGGUUUUGGCCACUUCAAGGCUGGUCUUAGCUGGUCAGGCUCGGAGACCAGCUGGAAUGGCUAGCUAAAACCAGCCUGACCAGGCUGAAAGACCAGCUAAAACCAGCUACUUCCAUCUUAAAACAGC